AUGGGCCGCAAAGACUCGUCCGCCGUCGCCAGGUCGGAAGCGCGUCCACCGGUGUCCAAGAUUCUAGCUUCCAUGAACGCGCCGGCGGCUUCCAGAUCCAGGCCUUCACGACCCAGGUCCUCCAAGGCCGCCGCCGCCGUGUCAGCGUAUGCUCAUAUCGACCUCCCUCCGUCAGACGACGAGGAAGAGGAAGAGGAGAAGGAAGGGGGGGAGGUCGCCUCGAAGCCCAGGGCUGCCCGCUCCGCCGUCGACCUCAAGGCCAUCGGGCCGUCGGACAAAAGCUCUAAAAAGAAGGACAGGCGUGACGCUAUGGUGGCCGCGGCCGCCGAUGCCGCCAGGCGAGAGGCUCUUCGGGAUGACCGUGACGCCUUCUCCGUCGUCAUGGGCGCGCGUCUUCACGGAUCCGACGACGCCGACGGCAAUAUCAGGGACAUCGUUGUCGACAACUUCUCGGUGUCCACGUGCGGGAAGGAGCUGCUCAAGAGCGCCUCCCUCCGGAUCUCUCACGGCCGACGAUACGGCCUCGUGGGGCCCAACGGCAUGGGCAAAUCGACCUUGCUGAAGCUGCUGGCUUGGCGGCAGUUGCCGUUGCCCAAGAGCAUCGAUGUCCUGCUUGUGGAGCAGGAGAUCGCUGGCGAUGACUGUCCGGCGAUCGAGGCUGUGGUUGCCGCCGAUGAAGAGCUCGCCGCCCUCCAAGCCGAGCAGGCGAGACUUGAGGCCUCAGAAGAUCUUGAUGGCGACAACGAGGGGAAGCUUACCGAGGUGUACGAGAGGCUCAAUCUCUGCGGCUCGGACGCCGCCAGGGCACGUGCAUCCAAGAUCCUGGCGGGGCUAGGGUUCGACCAGGCUAUGCAGGGCAGGCCCACCAAGUCGUUCAGCGGGGGCUGGAGGAUGCGCAUCUCGCUCGCCCGCGCGCUCUUCAUGCAGCCAACGCUGCUGCUGCUCGAUGAGCCUACCAACCAUCUGGACCUCCGAGCUGUGCUCUGGUUGGAGCAGUACCUGUGCUCGCAGUGGAAGAAGACACUGAUCGUCGUGUCCCAUGACCGGGACUUCCUGAACACCGUGUGCAACGACAUAGUACAUUUGCACGACAAGAGCCUGCACCUCUACCGUGGCAACUUUGACGAUUUUGAGAGUGGGUAUGAGCAGAGGAGGAAGGAGGUGAACAGGAAGGCCGAGGUGUAUGACAAGCAGAUGAAAGCUGCAAGGAAGACUGGCAGCAAGGCAGCGCAAGACAAGGUGAAAGGCCAAGCGCUGUCAAAGGCUCAUAAGGAAGUUGCCAAGAACACGGGGAAGGCUGCUGCUGCUGCUGCCCGCAAUGACGGCGUGAAGCCGGUGGAUCUGCCUCACAGGUGGCUUGACUACAAUGUCGAGUUCCACUUCCCAGAGCCCACGUUGCUAACGCCGCCGCUCCUUCAGCUCAUUGAUGUGGGGUUCAGCUACCAUGGCCUGCCAGACUUCAAGCUGUCAAGUGUUGAUGUUGGCAUUGAUAUGGGAACACGUGUUGCAAUUGUCGGGCCCAAUGGAGCAGGCAAGUCUACUCUUCUCAAUUUACUUGCUGCUGAUCUCGUCCCAACUGAAGGAGACGCCAGAAGGAGCCAAAAGCUGAGGAUUGGGCGUUACUCACAGCAUUUUGUCGACUUGUUGACCAUGGAGGAAACUGCGGUUCAGUACUUGCUUAGGCUCCACCCUGACCAGGAGGGCAUGAGCAAGGCGGAGGCUGUCCGGGCAAAGCUUGGAAAGUUUGGCUUGCCGGGGCACAGCCAUCUUACUCCCAUUGCUAAGUUAUCCGGUGGUCAGAAGGCUCGUGUUGUCUUCACUUCAAUAUCAAUGUCGCGCCCUCACAUUCUCUUGCUGGAUGAGCCAACAAAUCACCUCGACAUGCAAAGUAUCGACGCCUUGGCAGAUGCUCUAGAUAAAUUUAAAGGAGGCGUGGUCUUGGUUAGCCAUGACUCGCGCUUGAUAUCGCGAGUUUGCCAAGAUGAGCAGAGGAGCCAGAUCUGGGUUGUGCAAGAUGGCACUGUAUCAAAGUAUGAUGCCACGUUUGAGGAUUACAAGGAUGAAUUGACGGAAGAAAUAAGACAGGAAGCUUUUAGCUCCUCAGCAAAUCAGAAAUCAACCUGCAGUGCCUGCGUAUGUCUCAUGCCGGUCAGUCUCAUGUGGAGCGAGUGCGGGGGCUACGGUUCGGAUCCGCUGCUGGUUCGCCCCACCACGUUCCGGCAGCCAUCAAACAACAUUGCGUUGCACGCUGCCUCGCCACUCUGUCUGUGA